UCCUGGGCGGAAAACAAGCUCAACGGUUUGGGGUUUUUUUAACUAAGAUUCAGCAUGAAAGUUCUGUGUGGGUAAACUGAGGCGAGCAGUGCGGUGGGAUUUACUCGUCAGCAAUGUUAAACACAGGAGCAUUCACAGUUCAGGGAGGCUCACACACCUUGAUCCACAUUUCGUCGUGCGGACGCUCACACGGAGCAGGGAGGAGGCGGCUGGGGACCCCACCCUCCCGCGCACGGAGGUGAUGCCAUUGCGGCCGCUCCCCGCACGGGGCCCCGCAGGAUUUCCUGCCUCCGCAGCCCCUCAAUUCCUGGAAACGAUCUCUCCCGAGGGCAGGAAGGGCGACCGCGCCGCCGUCGGCCGCCCCAGAGCCCCGUGAGGGGCGCGGCGACCCCCGGCCCCUCAGAGCAGGGCAGGGCAGCGCGCGCGCUUCCCGCCGCCGCCGCGCACGCGCUGCUGUAACGGCCGCGGCGGCAGCGCCGCGUGCCGGGGCGCGCUCACGUGACGGCGCUGGUUGGCUGGGACGCGCGCGCCCGCUCCGCGCUGGGCACGGCACAGAACGGCAGAGAACAGAACGGCACGGCACAGCAGGGCGGGACGGCACCGCACCCGAGACACCGCACCGCCCUCCGCACCCCGCUGAGCGUCACUUCUGUCCUGUCCCCAGCCGGUCCCGCUCCGCCCUCAGGAGUGCCACGUUAAGAGAAAGACAUGAAGUAUUUUUAAUGAAAUUCUGCUUUUGAUCAAGCUGCUAAAAAUGGAUGUGAACAUUUUCUCCUGUGAGUUUUUGAUGAAUGGACAUUGACAUGGACUACGAAAGACCUAACGUUGAAACUAUCAAGUGCGUGGUGGUUGGAGACAAUGCAGUGGGAAAGACUCGUCUGAUCUGUGCCAGAGCCUGCAACACAACCUUGACUCAGUAUCAGCUGCUGGCAACGCACGUCCCGACCGUCUGGGCCAUUGAUCAGUACCGUGUCUGCCAGGAGGUCCUUGAACGCUCAAGAGAUGUUGUUGAUGAAGUGAGUGUUUCCCUCAGGCUGUGGGAUACUUUUGGGGACCACCACAAAGACAGGCGCUUUGCUUAUGGAAGGUCCGACGUUGUUGUUCUGUGCUUUUCAAUUGCUAAUCCUAAUUCCCUGAAUCAUGUGAAAACAAUGUGGUAUCAAGAAAUCAAGCACUUCUGUCCUCGCACACCUGUCAUUCUGGUGGGCUGCCAGCUGGAUCUCCGCUAUGCCGACCUCGAGGCUGUUAACAGAGCCAGACGGCCUCUGGCAAGGCCAAUAAAAAGGGGAGACAUUUUGCCACCAGAAAGAGGCAGAGAGGUUGCCAAGGAACUCGGGAUACCCUACUAUGAAACCAGUGUAUUUGACCAGUUUGGAAUUAAAGAUGUGUUUGACAAUGCAAUUAGAGCUGCCCUGAUCUCCAGAAGACACCUGCAAUUCUGGAAAUCUCAUUUGAAGAAGGUCCAAAAACCUUUGCUUCAGGCUCCAUUCCUACCUCCAAAAGCCCCUCCUCCAGUUAUCAAAAUUCCUGAGUGUCCCACGCCGAGCAUGAAUGAAGCUGGAUAUUUAUUGGACAGCCCACUGUGUGCAGAUGUCAUGUUUGUUCUUCAGGAGCAGGACUGCAUUUUUGCUCACAAGAUUUACCUAGCUACCUCCUCUUCAAAGUUUUAUGACCUUUUCUUAAUGGAAUGUGAGGAAAGUCCAUACUUGGACGAAACACAAUGUAAUAAAGAAAAUACAAAUAAGGAUGUUCUGCCCAGUCACCUUGAGACAAGCAGUGACAGUGAUGAGGCAUCCUUGAAAUCUCUUGAUGUUAAAAUUCCCCCACCAGAAAGCAGUGAGUCUUUAAACAUGCUAGAAGCUGAAUCUGGUGAAACAAACUCUGCAGCAAGAUCUCUGUCCUCCUGGGGUAAGGGGUUUGUUAGUGUGCACAAGGAAAUGCAAGUGAAUCCUGUCUCAAAGCGGACGUGUCCUGUAACUGUGGUAAAAAUGGAUUCCUCUGUGCAGGCUGCACCUUUUAAAACUGUUUUGCAGUUUUUAUACACAGGCCAACUGGAUGAAAAUGAAAAAGACCUCACCAGACUGGCUCAGAUUGCUGAAAUCUUGGAAGUAUUUGACUUGCGAAUGAUGGUGGAGAAUAUUAUGAAUAAAGAAGCCUUCAUGAAUCAAGAGAUUACUAAAGCAUUUCAUGUCAGAAAAGCUAAUCGGAUAAAAGAGUGCCUUUGCAAAGGGACAUUUUCUGAUGUGACAUUUAAAUUGGACGAUGGAAGCAUCAAGGCCCACAAGCCACUGCUGAUCUGCAGCUGUGAGUGGAUGUCUGCUAUGUUUGGAGGAUCAUUUAUUGAAAGCUCCAACAGUGAGGUAGCUCUACCCAACAUAAACAAGACCUCCAUGCAAGCAGUUUUAGAUUACUUGUAUACCAAGCAACUGUCCUCCAGUCAGGAACUGGACACCCUUGAGUUAAUUGCUUUGGCAAAUAGGUUUUGCCUUCCUCACCUGAUUGCUCUAGCAGAGCAGCACGCAGUGCAAGAGCUGACAAAGGCCUCCAUGAGCGGCGUUGCAAUAGAUGGAGACGUCCUCUCCUAUCUGGAACUGGCACAGUUUCACAAUGCUAACCAGCUGGCAGCUUGGUGCUUGCACUACAUCUGCACCAAUUACAACAGCGUUUGCUCCAAGUUCCGCAAGGAAAUCAAAGCUAAAUCUUCAGAUAAUCAAGAAUAUUUUGAGAGGCAUCGGUGGCCGCCUGUGUGGUAUUUAAAGGAAGAAGAUCAUUACCAGCGAGUUAAAAAGGAGAGAGAAAAGGAAGAUGUUGCACUGAACAAACACCAUUCAAAGCGGAAGUGGUGCUUCUGGAAUUCCUCUGCUGUAGUUGCCUGAACAAAGCAAAUAAGUGGAAAUCCAUAGCCAGAAGUUACUCUUAUUAUUAGAAAUAAGAUAAAGUUCAGGUUUUCAGGAAACUGUGUUCCACUUGUGCAUUUAUUACUUCUAGGGUCAAAAGCACAAGCUCACCGAAAAUGAGCCUGGAACAGCUCCUUGAAGUCAUAUGUAUAUUUUUGACUGGUAAGCAGAUAAAUGUCAACCAUUAUUACAUUACUUUUUAUACAAAAAAAACCAAAUCCAGCAUUAAUGUUUCAAUCUCCAGUUGGGAAAUAUUUUUAUACUGUCUGGUGUAUUUUGUUCAGAUAAAAUUCUGGAUACUGUUUUGUUUUACAGACCACAAAAUAACCAUGUAGCAGCUUUGUAAUUACAUUUUAACUAUUUUUACUAUGCGAGUACAGUGAAAUAGACAAUCUUCAGUCAUAAGAGACUGCUUUUAGAUUAUCUCAUAAAAAGUCAUCUUAGGAAAAAAAUCUAGCUGUCUACUAUAGGUUGUCUUUUUCAAACUAAGUACUGUGCACUGGUAAUAUAAUUAGAUGGUUAUUUCCCCUUUCUAAAGCAAAGGGUUAGAAUAAGAUCCAAUAACUGUAAGAUAUAGAGUGCUUGAUCUUUGCUCAGCUGAAUAAUAGACAGUAUAAUUACCUGUUCAACUGCAGGCAAAUGUAUUUCUAAUAUUUGCCAUGUAAGUGCAAAUAAUUAUGACUAUGUGGGCCAUGUGAAAUCUAGUGAUUCUAAGUAUUCAGAGGUUUUAUAUGUCUAGAUCAAAGAGGAUAUUUCUAAAAUCAUUUAGAAGGGCUUAUUAAUUUAUAUCCUUAUACCAGUAUGGAUCUGAAUGCAAAAAGCAGUUACACUGCUUGCAUUUGAAUUACUGCAUGGCAGUUACCUUAUUCUGCAGGAUCUUCACCAUGCAGCCGUUCCUCAUGCUGAAUUCCUUUUUGCUUCAGUGCAAGCAAAUGAAAGGGCUGCACAAACAAGUAGAUGUUAUCUAGUGUUCCAGCAUUUUGUAAAUGAAGAAGGGUCUUCACACACAAGAUUACUUCAGUUUGAUUCAAAUUCUUUUAUAGCUUUUCCCAGGUAGAACUGAGAGUUUUAGGUUAUUUUUAAGUAGGUGAUAUAUUUCCUGUGGAAGCAGGUGUUCCCAGAAUGCUGGGGGCAGACUGAUGGCAGAAAGGCAGGAAUUCUGCACAAGUGGUGCAGGACAAGCAAAAGCUUCCAGUGUUUCCAAAUAGCCUGUGUGUUUAUGACUUUUUAUCAACCAUUACUCUAAAGCUGCAGUGUUACACUAGAUUACCUAAGGAUGAGAGCAUUUUUUAAAAGACCAAAACUAAAAUACAUAGACUGUAGAAGAUACACAUGCAAUCCUGUGCAGUGUCUCAGGCACAACUCCGUAACCAAGGUAGUAUUGUGUAUUAGGUUUGUUAAUACUGUUCUGUGCUGGCAGCUCAGCACACCAAUGUGAAAAGCUGUUUGUUUGUUCGUGGUUUUUUCUCUGUAUCCGAAGGCAAGGCAGUACAGUCACCCCCCAGCACUGUAGGUCAGGAGAGGCUUUGGCCUGAAAGCCAUAAACACCUCGACAUAUUUGCAUUCUGCACAGACUCAUUGCCAGGCUGAGGCUACCACAGCUCAGAGGAGAGGCUGCUCUGCAAACCUGUGUGAGGAGAGCAAGUGAGAGGUUCCUACCCCUCUGAGAUCCAUCACCACGUGGUGAUAAAGAAGGGCUAUAAACGAUGGUUGCAAAUAUGUCUCCUUAAUUCUUGGUCAGUGACAAUGUGGACAAGAACAUGGAAUGAGAGAAGGCAUGUCAGGAUAGAAAAAUAGCUGUUGUCAUAAAAUGUUAACCAGUCACAUUUUAAGUAAGUUGCUACUAGGUUUUACACAACCAAAGCUACUGUAUGAUUGUAAUCUUGCCAAACUGUAAUGGAUAUAUAAAUGAACCUGAGGUAUAUGCAAUAAUAUCCAGUUAUUCUAGUUAUCAGCUACUAUAACCAAGUGGCUGGUUCAUUUGGUUAAUGCUGUCUAUGGCCUUUAAUCUUGGUGGUUAUUUUGUGUUUUUUAUUUUGGAAAAAAAAAGUAAAUAAAACUGUUUAGUUACAAA